GGGAAAGGGGGAAGCAGCCUCCGGAACGGCCGCGGCGGACGCGGCAGAGGCUGAGGCAGCCCGGCACAGCCCCGCCGCCCGCGAACACCUUCUCAAGUGCGAGUUAAAGAAGACGAGGAUACACGGGUUGAAGUCUUUUCCUAGAGUCUCAGGAGCAUAAAUGUGUAAGAGCUGCAAUCAAACCAUCCAACACAUCUGUUUCAGGGUGGCGUUUUAAUGUUUUGAUGUCAGAAUGCAGAGCAGGAUACCUCUCAUUCUUCUAGCUUGUGGCUCCUUCAACCCCAUCACAAACAUGCAUAUGCGUUUAUUUGAGCUGGCUAGAGAUCACCUGCACCAAACAGGAAGGUAUCAGGUGAUUGAAGGCAUAAUGUCUCCUGUUAAUGACAACUAUGGAAAGAAAGGCUUGGUUUCAGCAAGACAUCGGGUAGCAAUGGCUAAACUAGCACUGAAGACAUCUGACUGGAUUCGAGUUGAUCCAUGGGAGAGUGAGCAGGAAACAUGGACAGAGACAGUAAAAGUACUAAGGCACCAUUACAAUGAAUCACUCAGAUUGCUCCAGUCCAAGAAGGAAUUCAUGAAAAACAAAUGGCCCAUAGAAAGGUCUACAGAGGAUUCACUUUCUUACCAGCAUUCAGCUCUACCAGAAAUAAAACUGCUCUGUGGGGCUGAUUUUCUACAGACAUUUAAGAUACCAAAUCUCUGGAAGGAAGAACAUAUCAAAGAAAUAGUGGAAAAGUUUGGUUUGGUCUGUAUUAGCCGUGCUGGCUCUGAUCCUGCUCAGUAUAUCAGUGAAUCAGACCUUUUAACUAAAUUUCAGCACAACAUUUUUCUGGUGAAAGAGUGGAUUCAGAAUGAAAUCAGCGCAACGCAGAUACGCUAUGCACUCUGCAGAGGAUUAAGUGUAAAGUAUCUCGUACCAGAUUCUGUUAUAUCCUACAUUGCACAUCAUAAUAUCUACACAGAAGAAAGUGAGCAGAAGAACAAAGGUGACUUGCUUCAGCCUCUUAAGUUGCAUGGCACAACAGUAAACCCACUAAACAACUGAUGCCUGUGGUAUGUGGACAGACCUGGCAUUUCCUCACGUAAAGUUCUUGAGAAAGUUGUUUCUUGUUAAUGACGGGAAAGUACAUUUGGUCCAGCAUGUGGUGCUUUAAGUUCAUGGCUUUGUGUGUGGUAGUGUUAAAGCAAAUCAAGAUGCUCACCUGCAUAGCUUAAAAUAGAUAAAGAACAGCUUCCUCACGAAAAUCAAAUCUUAAUAAUAAAUAUUAAUCUCCAGGGUCAAACAUAGUGUUUUCCUGAAUAGUAAUUCUGUAAUUCUGCAGUUUGUAGCAUGAAGAUACCCUGCUGUUCUGAAGAAGCAAAAUAAAAUGAACCAUAACUUUUCUUUAUAUAUUUAAAUAUAUAUUAUUGCUAAACUUUGGUGGUUUUUUAGGACCAUGAAUAACUUUGUGUCUUUGCAGUUUGGACAAGAGAUGGAAAGAAAUAUUCCUUUCAUGCAAGCACUUAAAAAUGCAUGCACCAUUUCUGUCACUUCUAAGCCUCCAGAUACACAAAUGACAGACAGUCCUCAUCCUUAGAUGAGGACAGUCCUCAGAUUUAAAGUGGAUUUCUUUGCUUCUCUGAUUCAGAGUCUUCUAUAACAGUAAGAAAUAACCAAAGCCCUGGAGUGGAUAACAUAGCCAAGAGGAACAUCAGCUAUAGCAUUUGAAAAUACACUGUGGAAAAUAAAUGAAAAUAGCUAAAAGGCUGUCUCAGUAUUUCAGCCCUAAUGUUAGCCAGAAAAAUCCAUUCUUUUACGUACUAUGUUACCUAUUCUGCUGCUUCACUGGAUCUCAGUUCUGACAGAAUACACCUUCAAAGAAUAUAGUCUCCAUGACUUGCUACUUCUGUGUUUAAUAUUGAUAAAAUUAACUGAAAGCGUGCAUUCAAUAGUGAUGUAGCAUUUCUCAAUAUACAGAACUAACCACUGCUCCUUAAUACAAGUUUCCUCCUCACUGGCCCUUUUUAAGCUCUCAGUUGGCCAAACAGCUUCUGCUGGUAGUUCUCUAGAAUUAAGGAGCUUGUGCAACAUGUUCAAGUAAUGCCAGACACAAGUUGGUUCCACAGAAAAAGUCUGUGUGGUCAUUUUCUGAAAAGAAGCUGGCAUAAAGUAACUGGAAUAUAUUCAAGGAGGAAAGAUAUGCCUCAAAAAACUCAUAAAAAAGGCACUUGUCUAAGUUUGGCUAAUGUCCUAAGCUAAAACUGUUUUAAAAGGUCUUUUUCUGAGUGAUCCAAAAAAUUAUGAGCAAUAUGGUUAAAAUGGAUCUCCAGAUAAUCAGCACCCUUACAGAAGUUAUACGGAAGGUGAAUAUUUCAUGCUGUUUCAAUCAAGUCAUCCUGCUGUCAUUAGAAAUUUCAGAGGUUCAGCUUUGUAGAAGGAUUUAAAUGCAACACUUCAACAAUAAUCGGAUUAGAAGGACUUGCAUAGCUACGUGGUCUAAAAAACAGAUAAAAGAAACCGGAGUUCAGACUCACCACAAAGAAAGUCAGUGAGUUCUGUGGUGCACUUUUAACGCACUGUUCCGAGACUUUGAUUUUGCCAAUUACCUAAAG